ACACCAAUAGCAAUUAGCAAAAGCUUAUUUAACUCUCAGUAUAUUGACGCUAUUAAACCACACCAGAGGUUUAAUUAAUCUAAGCACGUUUCCUAUAGCUUGGCAAAUUUUUAUUGCCAAGCUGGUCAAGAAAAUGUCAGCCGAAGAGGCAUGGAACGGCACCGUCGAAGAAGAAUCCAGCAACUCUCAACGGCAAUUUGAUAGGAAAAACGGUGGUUUCGAUGCACAAACCGGAAUCUACCAUUCACUUAUCAAACUCGGUGACCACCAAAAAAUCCCCACCAGGCCAGACCUCGACACCGCCACAUUUGUGCUGUCACAAUUCCCUCAUCCUCACCAAUCCGAAUCACAAAUUGCACUCAUCGACGCAGCCACUGACCGGCGUGUCACCUAUGCACAGCUCCACCGGUCAAUCCGUUCACUUGCAUCCGCCUUGCACCAUGCUCUUGGGGUCCGAAAAGGCGACGUGGUGUUUGUCUUGUCACCAAACUCGCUUCUAUACCCAACAAUAUGCCUCGCCGUGUUAUCAGUCGGUGCAGCACUAACCACCGCCAACCCACUUAACACCGCGUCAGAAAUCGGCAAGCAAGUGCGUGACUCAGGCGCCAAGCUAGCAAUUUCCGCGCCGGAAGAGCUUCACAAAUUAGCCGCAACUGGGUUGCCAACAAUCCUAACAUCACGAAAAUCCAACAAAGACAACGACAACGACAACUUCUUGACCGUCGAAGAGUUGAUUGAAUGCUGUGAUCCGCCGCUAGAGUUGCCAAGUGUCGCGCAAGCCCAGUCGGACACAGCGGCUAUACUGUACUCCUCGGGGACUACUGGGACAAGCAAAGGGGUGAUUCUAACGCAUGCGAAUUUCAUUGCCAUUAUGACGUUGCUCCAAUGGUCUGUAGACGUAAGCUCGGCGAACAACGACGUGUUUUUGUGUUUCAUUCCUAUGUUUCAUAUCUACGGGCUUGCGUUCUUCGUGCUAGGAUUGUUGUGCGUGGGAACCACUACGGUGUUGAUGCAGAAGUUUGAGUUCCAAGCUAUGCUUGAUGCCAUUAAAGCUCACAAGGUUAAUAAUAUACCUGCUGUGCCGCCGGUGAUACUUGGGCUAGUAAAGUAUGCAAGCAAAGCAGGGCGUGGCUUGUCGUCAUUGAGAAGGGUGGGGUCAGGGGCUGCGCCAUUGAGCAAACAGGUGGCGGAUGAGUUCAGAAAGAGGUUUCCGUGGGUGGAGCUAAGGCAGGGAUAUGGACUAACAGAAAGCUGUGGAGCCGCGACUUAUUUUAUGUCGGCUGAAGAGGCGAAGGCUCGUCCGGGCUCUUCAGGAAUGUUGGUUCCAAGCUUUUGUGCUAAGGUGGUGGACAGUGAAACGGGAAAGGCUUUGCCGCCGUACAGGGAAGGUGAGCUAUGGCUGAAGAGCCCUACUAUUAUGAAAGGUUAUUUGGGAAACGUGGAAGCGACGGCGGCGACAAUUGAUUCGGAUGGGUGGUUGAGAACCGGUGAUCUUUGUUAUUUUGAUGAGGAUGGGUUUGUUUUCAUCUUCGAUCGGAUAAAGGAGCUGAUUAAGCAUAACGGCUAUCAGGUGGCUCCAGCAGAACUGGAAGCAAUACUUUUGAGUCAUCCUACUAUUCUCGAUGCAGCCGUUAUACCGGUUGAAGAUGAAGAAGCAGGACAGAUACCAAUGGCAUACGUAGUAAGAGCAGCAGGUUCUGAGCUCAACGAAGACCAAGUAAUUCAAUUCGUCGCCGGCCAGGUGGCCCCAUACAAGAAAGUAAGAAGAGUUGGUUUCACCAGUGCUAUUCCAAGGUCAGCUGCAGGCAAAAUCUUGCGGAAGGAGCUGGUUUCACAGACCAAACAGCAACUUAUCUCCAAAUUGUAACAAGUUUUUUCUCUUCUUUUCCGCUUUCUUUGGGGCCAGAAAGGGAAGCAGAGAAUAUAUAUGAGGAUUAUUGGAACAUAACAAAAGAUUAUCAAGAUGAUCAAGAUCGAUAACAAGAGAGAAACAUGUACUAAGACCUGACAAAUGACAAACACUUGAUGUAUAGUUAUUUUGUGAUGAUGUGUCAUGUGUGUGGACCAACUUGCUACAACUAGUGUAUUAUAUUCCGUUGUGUAUUAUUU